GAAAGUGACUAUAAUUCUAGUGCAAUAUAAAUUAGCUAGGCCAGGUUGAAUGGAUUUCAGUGCCAAGGAACAUGUGUAUAUAUAGUCUGAUCUGAGGCAAGUCACGCUUGAGAAUCACCAGUUUCAACUCAAAAUCGCUCCUCCAUGCUCCAUUUAUUUUGGUUACCCCUUCCGCAAGAAAUCCAAGAACACAAAGAAAGAAAAGAAAGGAGCCACUUUCACUCUCUCUCUCUCUCUCUCUCUCUCUCUCUCAAUGUCCCAUGAUAAUGGCAACCAAUCACGAUCACCACCACCAUCUCUUUCUCCUCAUUCUCUUCUUCCUCCUCCAGACCCCACUGAACGCAUCAUCAUCCCCAUCACCCUCGCCAUCACCGUUUCCAUCACCAACGGUAACAACGCCCCCAUUCUCUUGCCCACUAUCACCCGUAACUUCCGCAUCGUCUUCUCUGCCCCCAGCCAUAGACGCACUGAUCGGAGCCGGUGACUUCAGCAUAUGGGUGAACAUUCUCUCAAUGUCAAACCCUGCAUUGCUCCCAAUCAGCGCCACACUCUUCAUUCCGCAAGAUGCCACAUUGAACCGCAACGGCAACGGCAACGGGGUUCCGCUUAUGGUAGACCCUUUUCUUUUUCCCUACCACGUGGUCCCGCAGCGCCUCAUCUUCUCUGACCUCCUCCUCUUCCGCCGCGCCGCCCGCCUCCCAACCCUCCUUCCCGGAAAGUCCAUCUCCGUCACCGACGACUCCGCCGUAAACUUCUCCCUCGAUGGCAUUCCAAUCACCCACCCUGACAUCUACAAAACCCCCUCCAUCGCCGUCCACGGUGUCGCCGGUGUACUCGACUACUCCGUCUACGGCGAUGGCAUCCCCCCGCCACCUCCUCCUCCUCCUCCUCCUCCUCCUCCUUAUUCUCCGCCGCCGCACACUGCCGUCAUGCAGCCGUUCAUGCCGAUGGAGGAAACCAUAGGAAUGAUGGGUGGGAAGUCUGGUUCUUGCGGUUCUCCACGUGCGUCUCUAUGGUGCACCCUCGUCCACGUGGCAAUCUUGGCUCUCGUUAUUCAAGAACUCGUCUUUCUUCUGCAUUGAGUUGUGAUGUUAGUUCAAACGGUGCAAGUUUCUUCUUCUUAGCUUUCUUGAUUCGAAUAAAGUGGAAGUUAGAUAUAGUUUGUUGUUGUAUGCUAUUUUUUCAUUGGGAGAUUUUUCGUUACGGAAAUUUAUUAGGAUAAUGAGUUUUUUGUUACAUUGAUAAUGACUGGUCAAUGAUUUUGAAAGAGUUUACUCGGAAACUUAGAUUAGAAUGGAGCUUAGCUCACUUUUUUCAUUGUAAUUGAACAAACAUCGAAUAAUG